AUGGAACACGAGGUUUCUUAUAACUUCGAGGACGAGGACCAGUUUUGGACCGCUCUCGAAGAGACAAUCUCCCGAGAAUGCACUACCCAUGAUAGCAUCGACGAUACACUGCGAUCCUAUAUAGAACUCAUAGGGAGCUGUCGUGGACGUUUUCUUCCAACCGACAAUGAUCUCGGCCGAUGCGCUUUCAAGCUCCAAGAGUCGUCGCUGUUUACAACGCACGCCGACUACAUCCGCCGACAGUUCAUUCAAUGUCUAAUCGAGGAUGACGAGCCUAACGUCGUGUUGGUGUCAACAUCCUUCCUGAUCACGCAUGCGCAGUUGAACGAAAGGACAUUCGAGCUGUUGAAUGAUGAGGGCGCGUUCCCGAGACUCAUCCGCCUCAUAUCGAGUCCGAAGCAACAUGGCCACGAAGGAAUCCACAGACUCCUUAUGGAACUGCUCUACGAGAUGUCGCGCAUACAAAGGAUUAAAAUAGGUGACCUGGCGCAUGUCGAUGAUGACUUUAUCAAGAUGUUAUUUGAGAUUAUAGAACAGGUGUCGGACGACGUCAAUGAUCCAUAUCACUAUCCUACCAUUCGAGUUCUGCUUGUGCUCAAUGAGCAGUUUAUGGUUGCCGCUCACGACCCUGCCAAUGGUCAAGCUGCAGUCCCUCUAACCAACAAGGUGAUCAAGGUCUUAUCUGCACAUGGUAGUGAGUAUAAGACCUUUGGGGAGAACAUUAUUUUGCUAUUAAACCGUGAAGAUGAAACGUCGUUACAGCUUCUGACCCUCAAGUUGCUCUACCUCCUCUUCACAACUCCACCCACUUACGAAUACUUCUAUACCAACGAUCUGCGUGUCUUGGUUGACAUAUUGAUUCGGAACUUGCUUGAUCUGCCUGAAGAGGCAUCGUCCUUACGCCACACCUAUCUUCGUGUUCUGUAUCCGCUUCUCGAACAUACCCAAUUACAGCAUCCUCCGCAUUAUAAGAGGGACGAGAUCCGCAAAUUGUUGGUUGUCUUGGGUGGAGGCCAGCUUCACGAUCCUAACGGCUCCCAUGAGGGUUUGCAGCAUUGGGGCCAUUUUGAUGCUGUUGAUGAGACGACCAAACGGCUCGUCAAGCGGUGCGAAGGAGUCAGCUGGCUCAUUGAUCCGGAAAUCGAGCCGCCAGUGCAUGCAGAGUCUCCCACUGAUGACGGAGCAUCUGAUCUGUCAUCACCGACCUCCCCUUCAAAAGCUCACCCGCCCGCUCUUCCAGCGCCUCGGAAACUGAAGAAACGAAACUCAUCGAAAGGUUCCACAUUGACCAUUGGUCAGUAUCUCACUCCUCGACUCGAAGGAGCUAGACAGUCGAGUUUAAGCAUGAUGGAAGUGGCGGCACAAAAGGAGAAACCAGGGGUAAUCACUCCAAGCAGGAAUCCAGGGUUAAAGAACAAUCUUCGAGCUGCCAUAAUGCAAAAGAAGGAGAAACCUCCGCCGCCUCAGGCAAGGAGAUCUGGCCUUUCGCGCAUGAGGAUGGAAAGAAUGGAGAGCGAUGCCGAAAUGGCGAAGACGGAGGUCCAGAAGACGGAGGUUCAGAAGACGGAGGUCCAGAAGACGGAGCCGGCGCCGAACGUUGAGGGUGAAGAUCACACUCAGACCAACAAUCACCACCAUCGUCACCCUCCUAUUCCAUUCCAUCAUCAUCACCACCACCACCAUAACCAUGGUGCAACUUCCCCGCCACCAGCACUGGAGGAGAAAGAUAAGGAUAAGGCGGAGCCGCCACCUGUACCCUCCCAUCAUAAGGGCCACCAUUUGGGCCACCAUUUCGGCAAGAAGCCCCCACCCGCUCCAAAAGCACGGCGCAGACGAGGAAGGGAGGGUAGUGGUGAUAGCACAAGAGAGCCUGGCAAGUUCAGCUCCAACUUGCCAUCCAUUGUCACAACGACAACAGCGGGCGAAAGGAUUAUCGAGGCCAAUCCCUUCUCGCCAGUAGACAAGACAUUCAGCCCUCCAGAACCAGACUCCGCCUCAACAAUCGACAGUCGGAUGAAGCUGCCAGUCAGCGAGGCAUUAGAGCAGGCACAGGCCAUGGCCCUAGCAGAAAUUGAAGAGACGUUGGAGCACGUGGAGAUCGAGGAGGAGCUUGAAGAGGAGACUGAGGAAGACAUUGCGGGAGAAGAGGGAAAGACGGAGUCGCCGACGGUGGAAGAAAUCCAAAAGAAUGAUGCUGCAGCUGGCACCUCACAUGAGUUGCCCCAAGAGGAAGACGGGGCAGACAACAAGCACGACCAACCAGGGAUAUCCCGUGCACAUUCCCAGGAAGAAAUCGACCAGCAGUUCCACGAUGCCGUUCCCGAUCAGCCUCUAUCGCAAUCUCAAACGCUCUCUCCGACGCCUUCUCAUCUUCUGGUCCAGUCCCAGACGUUGUCUCCAUACCCGACAGCUGACGAGAUGGCCACGCCUCCCGAGUCGAUGACCCCAUCCGUCACCUUGACUACCAUGACCACUGGUAUGACGGGCCCGGGCACCAGCGCAAUGGCAGUGCAGCAGAGUCAAACUCAGCAGAUGGCCCAGAUGCCCAGGAUGGUCCUCACCCCGCCCGCACAAGAGCCGUCUCGAGGAGUUCCCGGCCCGCAGUAUGAAUUGGAACGGAGCCCAUUCCUCACCGACGAGGAAGUCGAGGAGGAAGAGACGGAUCAGGAUCAGAUGGACGAAGAUGAGGGUCGGCGAUGA